GCUGCCCAAGUUCACAAACCGCUGGCUGUGUGUGAGAGUGUGGAGAGGUUGUCCCCGUGUGUGUGUGUGUCUUCUUACUAUUGUUUUGCUUCAGAUGGACAGACUGACUUCUGAUCAACUUUAUAUCUGUCCUCAGACCAGGAUUCAAACAUUUAACUUGUUUUUAACAUUUCUGGAUCAUAGCCGGUUUUGUUUCCUCUCUGUCUGGAUUGAUUUUUGUUGAUGGCGCGGUCUAACCAAGAUGGACACGGGUUGUCUGCCGGUUGGAGAGUAGAUAACGGUUUCACCCAUUAAAUCUAAAUGUAGACUUUAUUUAAUUAUCCUCUGUAAAGGUUUUAUUCACCAGGUGGAUGUAACCGGAUCGGGUCAUUUCCACCCCAGAGGUCACAUCCUAUAAUGAACAUUCUCCCACUGAAGUUUCGGUGAACUUUUCCCACGACUCGCCAUGUCGGGAGUGGUCCGCACCCUGAGCCGCUGCCUGCUCCCGGCCGAGGCCAGCCGGGACCCGGGCAGCAGCAAGGAGGGGAGCCGGGAGAGGGACGCGGCGCAGGAGCGGGAGGCGCGGCGCAGAAGCCGGGAGAUAGACGCGAUGCUCGCCCGAGAGAGGAGAGCCGUCCGGCGGCUGGUCAAGAUCCUCCUGCUCGGGGCCGGGGAGAGCGGAAAGUCCACAUUCCUCAAACAGAUGCGCAUCAUUAACGGGCAAGAGUUUGAUAAAAAGGCACUUCUGGAUUUCCGGGACACUAUCUAUGAGAAUAUACUGAAGGGCAUGCGGGUGCUGGUGGACGCCCGGGAUAAACUGGGCAUCAGCUGGCAGAGCUGCGAGAACGAGAAGCAGGGCAUGCUGGUGAUGUCGUGGGAAGGACGAGUGGGCGGCUCGGGGGUCGAGCCAAGUGAGUUUCAGCUGUAUGUGAUGGCACUGAGCGCGCUCUGGGCGGACACUGGCAUACAGGAGGCCUACGCACGACGGUCUGAGUUCCAGCUGAGUGAGUCAGUCAAAUACUUCCUGGAUAACUUGGAUCGUAUUGGUCAACUGAACUUCAUCCCAAGCAAGCAGGACAUUUUGUUCGCGAGGAAGGCGACAAAAGGCAUCGUCGAGCACGACUUUAUCAUCAAGAAGAUUCCUUUCAAGAUGGUGGACGUCGGAGGGCAGAGGUCCCAGAGGCAGAAGUGGUUUCAGUGUUUCGACGGGAUCACGUCAAUACUCUUCAUGGUGUCAUCGUCCGAGUAUGAUCAGGUCUUGAUGGAGGAUAGAAGGACAAACCGUCUGGUGGAGAGCAUGAAUAUCUUUGAGACGAUCGUCAACAACAAGCUCUUCCUCAACGUGUCGAUCAUCCUCUUCCUCAACAAAACAGACCUGCUGGUGGAAAAGAUUCGCACGGUGGACAUCCGCAAGAACUUUCCUGAGUUCAGAGGAGACCCGUGCAGGCUAGAGGACGUACAGGCGUUCCUGGUGCAGUCGUUCAGCCGCAAGAGGAGAAACCGGGGAAAGCCGCUCUUCCACCACUUCACCACUGCGGUAGACACAGAAAAUAUCCGCUUUGUCUUUCACGCCGUCAAGGACACCAUCCUGCAGGAAAACCUCAAAGAUAUCAUGCUACAGUGACCUUCACGCUGCAGACGACGGCUUCUCUGACUGUAAACUGUGAAACCGGCCAUGAAUCCAGGCGUGGAGGACGCCACAGCCCACAAAUGCAUAUUAACACUGACCUGUGGAGCAGUCGGUUGAUCCCACAGAGUGGAUUUAACUGAACUCUGAACCUGUGGAGCCCUGAAUUAACUCUGGAUCAUGUCGGCCCCCUGUGGAAACUGUGAGGGUCACCGAGGACAAGACCCUGCAUUUAACCUGUAUAAAUGUGUGUGUGCUGGAAAGACAGUCACCUCCUUGUAGCGCUCAAGUGUUGUCGCCUUCAUACACAGGUUAGAAAAUGUUUAUAAAAAGAAAAAAAAAAAAUAGAGAAAAGCACCAACUACAUGACAUGAGCACUGAAAGUGUUUUUUUCCUCAGAUGUACAUAUAUAUAUAUAUAUAUAUAUAUAUAUAUAUAAAUGACUAAUGACAACCCUGUCACUAAACCUAAAAGUAAGACUGCUGCUGGUUGAAAUAUAGACGGAUCAAGCUGUGCGAGCAAGACGCAGGAGGGGAAGAAGGAAAGAUUAAGGAAGACAGAAAGUUAGGAGCAGGCUGAAGAAUGCCUUGUCCUCAUGUCCACGUGACGGAGGGAGAGGGGAGAGGGUUUGGGCUCAUACUGGUCAUAUGCUAUGUUAUGUGAUAAGGUUGCACAAGUGUUCCUGUCAAUGAACUUUAACAGAGGGAAGAGGCUCUCUCGUGCUCCCUGUCCUCUCCUGUGCUGCCUUUCUCUCCAUCUUUACCUCUCCUCCUCGGCUCGUGUUUAUUACUCCCGCCAUCAUACGAGAGAUGAACAGCUGCAGAUAACAAGUCUUACCCCUCUCCUCCUGGAACUCUCCUCUCAGGCACAAUAGACAGAUUGUUCUCCUCUUCCCUCUCCAGCAGAAACAGUACACAGUCAAAUUAGAGACUCUUCUUGGUUUAAAGACACUCAGCUCCUGGUCUGCAUGAAUUAUGGUUCAUCUCUAUCCCAGAGCCUUUCUUCUGUUUCCCGCCAACAUCCCAGAAGAAGUACCACAAUAGCCUCGACUUAACUUGAGGCGUAUAAUAAGCACCCCUUAACAAGGAGGCUUUGGUGUAAGGUUACUUGUUCCUUUGUCCUGUAAAAGUGACGGGAACAGCAGAGGAUGACAGGGUUGUUGAACUGUGAAUCACCUUAUUCCCAUGUUGCUGGCGGCCAUUUUGGACUUCUGUAGCAGACAGGGUGGGAUGUCUACCUAGAAUAUUGGCACAAAACAAGUUAAACAAACCAGAUUGAACAAAAACAGCAGACGAUACUAGGGCUGCCCCCUUAAAGUUGAAGAUUCAAAUCAUCAGUCGGAGACCCCUCAGUCGACUGAGAUUCUUCAGGUCUGUUUUUUUGUCAGUCAAUGUUUAGUGUACCUCUGGGGAUGCUCUCGGGUACAGGAAGCUACAGACCCAGACCCACGGUGAGUCUAAGAGAGACGGAGGCAGCUGCCCGGAGGAGGAGAGGCUUUGCGCGGUCAGGCUCUGAGAUAACUUUAUCUUCUACCUUCUGCUUAAAGGUGGUGAUUUUACAGCUCACACCAACUUAACACGACAUAGUCUUGGGCUUUUGUUUGAUGUCAAGUGGUGGCAAAAUUUGUUGCUGCACAUUUCAGAUCCAUCGUUAGUGGAUUUGCCCUGCAUUUGCUUGGACGGCUAACUUGGCUUGUUUACUAUAUUAUAAGAACAUCAAUUCUACCCUGAACGUCUCGCCAACCCCGUUCAAACAUUACCAAGUCCGGUAUUUUCUACAUCAGGACACCUCUGAGUCUUUAAUCACAUUAAUACCAAGUUAAAACCAUAGAAACACAUCAUCAUCGAUUUUUAUAAAGUUGUUUUAUUCUCAGUUAACCACUGAUUAGGUCUAAUGUUGCAACAGUUAUUUCAGGGUUCAAUUAUCCAUCCCGCAACUCAAACUACACAAAGAACUCAUGGACCAACAAAAACCUUCCAAUUUAGAGAGGGGACACAGAAUGAUACAAAGCGACACACUCUAAAAAACAACAACAAAAGAACCCUGACUUUGUUUAAUGUGAAAGGGGUCCUAUAGUGAUGUGAGCCCACAGGGAAUUAUCACCCGACUCUGCAGUUCCCCUCAACUCCACAGUUUUACAAUUUAGCAUCUUUCAGCUCAUUGUUUUACAGCCAGAAACUUGGUUCACACAAAAACAGGCAACUUUACUCUUUACUCUCCCUGUCCAGCACCAAACAGCAGACAGAGGAAGCUAGCAGCUUACUGAUGUGUUGGUGAAGAUUCUCAGUCAUCCAGGUCACAGUAAUUCUAAGUGCUAUAUCAUCUGCAACCAGACUCGCUAGAGUUUUUUGAAGACAUUUCACCUCUCAUCCAAGAGGCUUCAGAACUGAAGAAGCAUCUUGAAUGAGAGGUGAAAUGUCUACAAGAAACUCAAGCAAGUCCCAUUGCCCACUAUAUACACUUAUAACAGCUAACUGAUGAACACAUUGGAGCAUCUAGCAGCUAAACAGACAGAUAUUUCCCUCAGGAGUUGGUCGAGACCAAACCAGAGCUAAAAGGGGAGUGAAUAUUAGUAUUUCAUUCAUUAGUGGACCAGACACAAGACUGAUGGAUGCAUUUAUAAGAAACUGUUUUCUAAUAAGUUGCUUAUAUUAACUUCAAAAGGUGAUAAUUCACUCAGUGGCCACUUUAUUAGGUACACCUGGUGUUUUCAGCACUGUGUUGAAUCAAUACCAGCAAGAAGUCAGGCUAAUCUGGGGCCCAGUAUUAGAAAGGUACCUAAUAAAGUGGCUACUGAGUGGAUGUCAAGCCCCAAGAACACCGCCAGGCUUUAUAGCCAAUUUGAGAUACUGGCCAAACUGUGGAAUUGCAACCACCAGGCCCAUCAAGUGAUGCCAUUGGGCAUAAAAAGACUUUUUUCCAUAGACUUACAUUUUGAAAGAGAUGUCUAUAAAGUAUCAGUGGAUUAUUUAUUUAUUUAUUUAGUUUUUGAGCAUCUCAGCCACCUCAGGAUUCAGUCCAUUCAGUCUGAUAACAUUUAGAGAGUCUAGAAGAGCCUCACAAUUAAAUAAUUUUACUCUCAUUCAAGUUAGCAGAGCACUAAACAGGAAGUCUCCAGCACGCCUGCUCUAUGGGCCCAACGAUGCAGAAGCAUUGGGGGUAGUUUUACGCAUGGAAGUCGAACUUUUUUUGGCCUUAUGCGCCACUGAACAACUUUCGUAGGAAUGACCGGGGCCUCAACUCUGCCGCUGUAUCCAGUUCUCUUUAUACAGCAAUGUCAAUGUUGUGUUUACAGCUAGUUGUGAUUCCCCCAAGUGGUCAAAAACCAAUAACUAAUAGAUUAAUCACUAAUGGAAAUAAUCACUUUUUGCAGCAAUGUUUCACCAGUGAGGGCUAGAUGGUAAUGUCGGAUAAAGGAAAAGUACUGUGCUAUGGUUGCAUGCAGAUUAAUAUGCGCACUGAUUUAUGAUGGUGGUUAAACUGCUGACCAGAACUCUGUCUGAACUGUCCUGUUAUGUGAUUUUAAUGGAUACCUGCCAGCCAGCCAGAAACACGUUCCUUCAAAGCCCUUUCAACCCGUAUUAUAUCCUCUCUUGGAUCCCCCAGUUCGGUAUCUUUUCUAACAUGAUUUCAAAAGGAGAAUCUAUGAGAUGAAAAAUGUUUAUUUGAUUCCCAACAUUCACAUGGUGUGCAUUUUGGUACGCAGCAGUAGGACACAGCUGGGCUGCUCCUCCCACCCUGAGUAUUGAGUCCAAAUGGCCUUGAGGGGAAUGAGGCGAAUCAUGAGCACUUCCACAUGCCUUAUUAUACUGUAUUAAACUGUGUAAUUUGUAUGUAUUUGUGUGUGUUUGCAUAGUGACUUACGGCCCUUAUUUUGUGCAUGUUCAUACAUCUUGUACAUAAGAAUACUGUAAUUAUUUGACUGACACUGUGUGUACUGUGGUAACCUUACAAUACAAACACCACUCUGUCUAACAGUAUCACUGUAACUGUAACGUUGCUGUAACAUUUGUCAUUAACUAACCUACCUUUUCCACUCACACAAGUUUUUUAUUUUUAUUUUGUAAGUGUCGUCAUUGCACUGGAAGCGUCCGAGAGAAAACAACCAGAAAGGAAAAACGUCUGGGAAAAAUGAAACAAAUCAACAGACGGCAGACUUUUAAAAGGCGAGCAGGAUGAAGAGAGGGAGGUCUUCUGCUUUUGUUUUCUGUUUCCCAGUGCCUUGGCUCUGUGCUCUGUGGUGAAAUACACUGCCGUUUGCUGA